UGAAGCAUCAUGGCAGUGAACAUACCUGGAGUUAUAGCCAUUGUGCUCUUUUAUCUGCUGGUUCUGGGGACUGGGAUCUGGGCUUCCUUUAAGUCCAAAAGAGAGCAGAAGAAAAGUGGAGCCAAAGAGAUGGAGAUGGCUGUCCUGGGAAACCGUAAAAUCAACUUAGUUGUUGGGAUUUUUACCAUGACAGCCACAUGGGUUGGAGGAGGAUUUGUAGUGGGCACCACAGAAAUGGCCUACACUCCUUCAAUGGGACUAACCUUCACUAUGUUAAUGCUGAUGGCAUACUUUGCAACUUUUGUCAUUUGUGGAUUUAUGUUUGCAAAGCCAAUGAGAGAUAAGAAAUAUGCAACAAUGUUGGACCCAUUCCAGAGGCAGUAUGGGAGAGCCCUGACUGCUGCGCUAACUCUGGUGUCUGUCUGCCUGGACCUUCUUAUGUUGGCCGGAAUCCUCAUCUGCCUUGGCUCGACACUGAGCGUGGUCCUGGAUGUGUCUUACAGUGUAUGUAUCUGGGUCUCUGCUCUUGUGGCCAUCACCUACACUCUGCUGGGAGGCCUCUACUCCGUGGCCUACACAGACAUUAUACAGCUCAUCCUGGUAUUUGGCAGCUUGUGGCUGUGUGUCCCCUUUGUCCUGAUGAACCCUUCUACUCUAGACAUUAGCCAGACUUUCAUCAAUAACACACUACAAGCUCCGUGGGCCGGGCAAACGGAUGUGAACACCAUUGGGAUAAAACUGGAUGAUUUCUUAUAUUUGGCCUUGGGAAGUCUGGGAUACCAGUGUGUUCACCAGAGGACACUGUCGGCCUCCUCUACUCGCACAGCCACAAUCACCUGCUGCUUUGCUUCUGUCCUCACUGUGGUACUGGGGAUUCCCUCACUUCUGAUUGGAGCUGCAGCCUCCUCAACAGACUGGAACCAGACGUCUUAUGGCUCUCCGUCUCCAUAUGAACGGGGAGAAGCUGCUCGAGUCCUGCCCAUCUCUCUGCAGCACCUCACCCCGUCCUACAUCUCCAUCAUUGGGAUUGGCUGUGUGGCUGCUGCCGCCAUGUCCUCUGCAGACUCUGUGAUGCUGUCUGCUGCCUCUGUCUUCACUGUCAACAUUUACAAGAGCAUUAUCAGACCUCAAGCAUCUGGCAGAGAGUUCCAGUGGGUGAUCCGUGUGUCUGUGACUGUAGCUGGUGUAAUUGUUUGUUUAAGGCUUCUGUGUGGGGCUCCAACCAUAGGCCUGCCUGUGAUACUACAUUUCCCAGGAUGCACUCUGGAGGACGGUGUCUAUGUACAGUACUCUCCAGUUAAAACCAUCUGUAUGCUGUGUACCCUGGCAGCCAUCUUGUUCUUCUCCUACCUGGCUUCUUUACUUUUCAGCAGAGGCCUACUUCCUGAGAGCUGGGACGUGUUUCAGAUCAAACUGCAGAACUUGCCUCCUCCACCUGCUCCACUAGAGGGAACUCAAGGGCACGUUACUGAUGUGACUAAGAAUAAUGACUGUGAGGUAGAACUCAUUGAGCCAAUGAUGAGCUUCUGA